UUUCCCGCAGUUGUACCGCGCUCUUCAAACAGUCGAAAGCGUCAAACGCAUGCGUGUAGGUUCUUCGUUUGUUCUCGCUCUCUCUCGGAACGGAACCAAAAAGUUAGGGUGCCGUGCGGUAGUGCUCAGUGUGCGACGUGCCUACGAUAUUUUUUUCGCUCCAUAGGAUGCUGCUUUUGGCGUGGUGCAUCCAGGGAAAUCUCUAAGGAUUUUUUGGGGAAAAACUCACGCAAUGGAUUUUUCCCGUUGACAGUGUUUACGUGUGUUUGUGUGAAAACUGUGCUCGCGAUUUCGUUCAAUCGGUUCAAUACUGUGGUGCAAAAUCGAUAGUUUUUGAAGAUCCUAUCGGCUGAAGUGGAUCGUUGUCCAGAAAUAUUACGGAACCAUUCGGCCUAAUCCUGAGCGGGUGUGAGAGUGAAAGUGGCAUGAUUGUGGGAUUCCACUGUGGCCAAGAAGAAAUCCGCAGACGAGACGACACGAGAAAAAAAGUAAGGAAGGAGAAAAAAUCGAUAAGAGUGACCGGUUCCCUCGAGCGAGAACGUCUCUUGGACAAAUGACAGCCUGCGAAGGCAGUUCUUGAAAAUUGCUCGUUAUCUGGAAUCGGUCUCGAGUGUCACCGGGACAAAAUCGAUCAUCGCGAGAGCGUGGAACGAAACCGGCUGCCGUUGCUCCUGCUGCUGCUGCAUCAAUCGUGAAUUUCUCUUCUUUUUGGUGUGCUUUAAUUUCUUUUCUUAAAACAAUCGAGAUAAGCAAUCUCCCACCGGAGACGAAGACGACGACAACGACGACGGCGGCGACGGGCCUUCCGUAUCUCGGGACAAGCGAUCCGACAAGGUGGGAGUGGAAAGUGAUACCCUGCUAGUGAGUGCAUAUGCACGGGAACUGUGCGAUCUACUGUAGUGUGGAGUUAUCGAUACAACUUCAUCUAGCGCUUGCAGCUAUCCAGCCAUCCAUCCAUCAAGCCAUCGACGGUUAUAGACAAGACCGGGUUGGUGCAUUGACAGUUUCAGUGAAUCGUUGCUUUAUGGCCAAAUCUUUUGGAUCACUACGACGGGGAAAAAUAGUUCAUUCGAAGAAAACCGGGUGCGAUGUUAUCUGAUUCGAAACUGUAGUGAAAUUCAUUCAUAGAAAACGCAUCGGUUGUUGUUGUACCAUUGUUGAUGACCGCGCAGUGAAAGGAGUGUUGGAAAAAAAAAAUAUUGCAAUAGGAAAAAAAAAAAAAUAGUCACAGCAAAUACUUGUAUUGCUGAAGCCGAGUAAAGAAGGCUGAGUGUCUCUGAGUGUGCGAAGGCAACUAUCAGUUGGGGGAAAAGUGUUGUUUGUUGCUGUUCUUUUUCUUUUUCUUCUUGUGACCGCAGUGCAGUGCCAAAACGGUGACGUUGCAUUCGACGGAACACGGGGUACCCGGUGCGAGGACCCCGCUGGGAGUAGUACCGGUCAACAUCAACCAGCCACCGACUCACAUGGGAGUUUGCACGGAGGAGCGCCCUGUAAUGCAUUGGCACCAGAGCGCUAGGUUUCUUGGUCCACCCCGCGAGCGCAGUCCCGAUCUUACCAAUGCCUGCCAGAUCAACUCCAACAACAACAACAAUAUCAACCACCGGACGUGCAUAUCCUGUACGGAUACCUGCGAGCACAGCCUCAAGGCGAGUCACGGCAUCGGCGGUGGAGGUGGCGGGGGACAUCUGGGCCCUGGUCACCUCUACGCCGACAGUUGCCACAGCUAUGACUCCACCUCGGACCGAUUGAUCGCCGAUCGGCCCAACUACUAUACCGAUCUCAAUCGAAGUGACUGUUCGGACGCCAGCAGUGGGGUGCUGAACAGUUGUGUUCAGCUCAAAUCGGAACCGCCGGGAGUUCCGAGUAGUCCCGAAUCUUCCACUGAGUUACCACCCUCCGGACUGGACGAGUGCGCGGGCUGUGAUAUGCCGAUACAGGAUCGCUUCUACCUGUCAGCUGUUGAGCGCAAGUGGCACGCUACCUGUCUACAAUGUUGCAUCUGCCGGCAAACGCUGGAAGGUGCCAACUCCUGUUUCUCUCGUGAUGGCAAUAUCUACUGCAAAACAGAUUACUACAGAGUAUUCGGCUCGAGACGAUGUUCGAAAUGUCUGGCUUCAAUUAGUUCCUCCGAGUUAGUUAUGCGAGCUCGACACCUAGUUUUCCACAUACGGUGCUUCUCCUGUGCGAUCUGCAAUACCCUGCUGAACAAGGGCGACCACUUUACGAUACGGGACUCGGCGGUGCUAUGUCGGUCCCACAUCGACAUCCCGCUGGAUCCGGGGGCACCCAUGCCACUGGCCAUGCAGUGUCAGUAUCCCAGUCAGUAUGGAACCUCCCCCAGUGCACCGUUGAGUCCGAGCGAUUCGACCGGAAGUAGUAAAAUGCCACCGGCCGGGUACUUCUCGCCCCACCACACCGUUACCGCCCUGCCGCAACAGCCCCGCCAGAAGGGACGACCCCGGAAACGGAAACCGAAAGACAUCGAAGCAAUGACCGCUAGCUUAGUUCUCAAAGGAUCAUAUUUGAACACCGAGUACCUAGACUUGGGCUUCAGCCGAGGCCUUGGAUCGUCGUCGCGAGCCAAACGGAUGCGAACGUCCUUCAAGCACCACCAGCUGAGGACGAUGAAGUCCUACUUUGCUAUCAACCACAAUCCGGACGCGAAGGAUCUGAAACAGCUUUCGCAGAAGACGGGACUGCCCAAGCGGGUGCUGCAGGUCUGGUUCCAGAACGCACGCGCAAAAUGGCGCCGGAUGAUGAUGAAGCAGGAGGGUAAAAUCCUCGACUCGGACAAGGGCGAAGGUUCGCUCGAUCUCGAUGGGUACGUGUCCCACAGCCCUGGGUCAUACAUCAUGGGCGGCCCCGGCAGCCCAUCGUCGCUGGACUAGUGCCUAAGGGUAGCGAUUCGGCGGAUGCUGCAGGAACGCUACAGUCACAAUCACCAUCACCUUCACCAUCAUCCCCCCAAUCAUCGUCUUCGUGACAGCAGUGAUUACAAUGGGGAACAGCGAGAACCAGGGCCAGAACAGCAGCAGGAGCGGCAACAGCCUUGUCAUCAGGUUCGGUGUGAGUUCGACUGCGAGGAGUCCUUCGAUGAGGGACCAAAAGGGAGUUGACUGUCGGAAAUAUUAGCAUAAACAAAUUCGAACCCAGAGGUCUUGGAUAUCCGCGGACGGCGCAAAAAAAAAAAAAAUAAAAUGGAAGGGAAUUUAAUUGAGCGCAAAAUAUAGCGACUGCCGAAAAAAUUAUAGCGGAAACGAACCUGCGCGCUCACGGCGAUUGCCAUUUGCGCAUAAACAAUGAUGUUAUUAUAUUCAAAUUCAUGUUUUGCUACUGCUACCAAUCUACCAAUCUGCUGCUGCUGCUCCUGCUAGAAGUCACUGCUGCUGCUGCACAUAAAAACCAUUCAAGGGUGUGCAAAACCCAUUGGGAAUCGCAUUCCCUUCGUCCACUCGUCCCCCGUACCGUGUUUGGGAGUCAAAUAAAAUAUGUAAAAAGAUGUAAAAAGACACGAUCAAACCACUGACCAUGGGGGCUGGCUAGGGUGGUGACUGGGACGAGAGGAAGAUUGUAAAACGAGCUGAAGAAACUGAACGAACGUAGCAAAAAAAAAGCUGCGGGGAGUACCUAAUAAUAAUGUAUGCACAUAUGAUUACGGUGCAGAAUGCUACAUACUUAUGAUUUUGUUAUGUUAAGUUUAAGCGUUUUUUCAACGUUAUUGCUGCCGAGUCGCUAUGCUACUUGCGACCAUUGACGGCCGACCGUGGGGUUAUUUGGUUUGUUUAGUUGCUGUUAUGAUUUUACCUGCACGAAUGAUGGGCUCAGGAAAAGUCAGUUCACUGGUGCUGGUGAGUGUGGUUGUGUAUGUUUAUUUAAACACCACAGAAGUUGACCUGGGAAGGAAGAAGUUGGGGAUGUACCGUUCCUUGGUGUUGGAUUGGUCAAUGGAAUCGCAACAUUUGAUUGGUGGAUUUUGAAUCCUCGGAAAUAUAGAAUAAUUUGAUUUGAUGAAUCAUAAAUUGGAAGUGUUUGAUGUAACACAACAUUUAAAUGCAUGACUAUUUCAAUGACUAGGAUUUUGAAUCACAAGAAUCACAUGAAAGGAAUGACAUUCAAAAUCGAAAUUCGAAGUCUAGAUAUUGUGAAUCUAAACAAAAAUUCUCAUCCCAUGUCAGCUACCGUAGAGUUCUGCCGCAGCUGUAAAAGGUCUACUGAAGGAAGAAAAUUCUGCUAUGCUCUGCAAAAACAAAGUGUGCAUUGAAUUUUAUUUAUUUUUAUUUUUGCUGAUGUCUUGUUUGUUUGGAAUCUAUUACAAAAGGUCGAAAGACAUACGUUCCAAAGGACAAAAGGUUGAAAUCACAAAACUGAAUUUAAAGUUUUGACGUAGGACUUGACUUUAAAUGAUCUUUAUUUCUUGAAUUUGUGUGGUUCACAUGUAUGAAUUUUCAAGUGACACAGAAGCGUCUUUUCAACUUUAGUUCAUUUUUUUAACUUAAAAUGACUACGUCUUUGUAGACUAUUCUGGCGUAGAAAUAAAAAAAAAAUGGU